GCACCAACCGAAAAGAGAAAAGCUACCAGAAAAAAGAAGGACCCAGAUGCUCCUAAGAGAUCUUUGUCUGCCUACAUGUUCUUCGCCAACGAGAACAGAGACAUUGUCAGAGCCGAGAACCCAGGUAUCUCCUUCGGACAAGUCGGUAAGCUUUUGGGUGAAAAGUGGAAGGCUCUUACUGGUGAAGAAAAGGGACCUUACGAAAACAAGGCCGAAGCUGACAAGAAGAGAUACGAGAAGGAAAAGGCUGAGUAC